AUGGACGACGGAAUCACGACGCACGCCGAGUCGAUGGCCGAUUUCAAGAAGGUCGCCUCACAUGCGCUAGGAGUUCCGCAUGACAACAAUCUCUCUGUCACGGAGCUCCAGGAAAGAUUCGCUGCUCUCCAUCCUCCUCUUCAGUCUCCCUACGGCAGUCAACCUCCUUCCAUAAGAUCGAUCACGGAUCAGGUGGCCGAAGUCAAGAAGAUUGCGUCGGAGCUGCUAGGAAUUCCCGAUGGCAACUCUCUUUCUUUAGAGGAAUUCCAGGAUGAACUCAAGUUCGCCGCCAUCGAUUCUGCGUUCUCACCGCCGCUGGGCACUUCAGACGAGCAUACACCUCACUUCAAGAAACUCAUUGCAAGACUUGAAGCCUGCCGUGAGGAGAUAGAGGCCUUCCAAAAAAGGACACAAAUAGCAUUCGCAGCAGUCUCGCUCUUCUGGUUGUCUUUGCACGUAUCGAAUAGAGACACAAAGGAGAAGGUCGAAGCGAUGAAGAAGAGGUGCUGCGAGGUUUUCGAUGACUACAUGUGGCCUGGAAGCCAUAAAUUGUACCUGAGAGGUAUGUGCGGCGAGAACGCAGAGAACAAACCCGAGACCGUGGUCGAAAAGGACAAAAUUCCUGAGCAGUCGAGGGACUCCGGCGACACAAGUUCAUCCACACGCCUGUGA